AUGAAAAGUGCCGCCGGUAAAGAGGAGUGUGUUGAAAAGAAUGGUAUUUUGUUUCAAUGGUUUUGUUAUAAAAGUACAGGACAAAUUUCUCCCUAUGUCACUUUACCACUUGACUUCCACAACGAGAAGAUACUCCUUCAAGUUCGCUCUGAAUAUUUCAACUACGAAAAGGAUCUGUUGGCUGACACCCGUAUCACAAGCAGUCAUUCAACAUUUAAAGUCCAGGAUCAAAGCUCCAGAAGAGUAAUGGAUAAUCAACCCAUGGCCUCGAUUCGCUCAUUCCACGAUCUACCAAAUCUUACCACUUCGUCAUCGAUUGCCAUCGCCUCCUACGAACCUGAUUUCAGCAAGGCCAUCGCUUCAAUUAUUUGGUCUCGACAUCGUACUCAAACUACGUCUGUCAUCUUCAAAUGCAACAUAGCCAACUGUCCACUGUGCCCAACAGAUGCCGUACCGUCAUCUCAGACGCAUACGCAAGCAACGAAAAAACGACGACGAAUGUGUGUUCGCGCCAAGAGGUCGGUCGAACGGAGAGACAGUAAAUCGAAGACUGCUUCGAUCACGGACUGCACUUUGGACCCAACUUCAUCAUCGAAUCCGUAUGUUCGUCCUUCUGCAAGUCAAAUGAACUUCUCUGUGAAAUCCAUCUUAGGUGGACAUGUCCAUCGACCUGAUUGGCCAAGGAUGACAUCAUUUUCAUCACCAUCAACUGGCAGCUGUCGCUCAUCUUCCUGUAGUUUGAGCGAAGUCAGGAGCACCCGGGUCAUCGACAUCAAGGAGAAAACGGACUCUAGUAACCUGGUCUCAUCGUGUUUACCUUCGAAGCGACGUCGGGUCAGCGUGAUGUAGGAUCUCAAAAUGGACUCUAUAUGGAUAAGAGACUCAUUGUGAUGGAGGAAAUAUUUACUGUAUUGCCACAUUUGAAGGUGUAAUUGUCUGCCAGUUAGCAAUAUUGGAUUUCGACAUGUUUUGUGAUGAUUAUAUUUUAUGAAGGAAAAUAAUAAAUUCACAGUUUCAGGUUCAACGUAUAUCACUUGUCAACUUGAGUCUUUGUUAUAAGAUAAGCCUUUUGUA